AUGCACAAGGGCGAACUUUGUUGCUCCGAAGAAGCUUGCAGCAGGAGGGACUAUGGGAGCAGUAUUUUCAGAUGGAUACAAGCAAAGUACUGUGAGGAAAUCAACGAUUCGCUUUCUGCUGUUAGCGAAGGGAAGCAAGUUGUUCCAUUGGCAAAGUUUAGAAGCGCCGACCCGAACCAGUUUGAUCACAUGAAAAGAAACCCCAAGUCUCAAUACACUACCUCGGAAAGACCCGAGGCGACUAGCCUGGAGACGCCUCGAGCCAUCUAUCUCAGCAACGAAGACAUGCUUUUUGAUGGCACUUUGUUGGCAAGAGGAACACCUGCAGGGCCGACUGGAUAUGUCUUUGAGGUUCCCUACACGGCCACGCUGGCGUACCCGAAAGAGCUCAUCGACAUGCUGAGAGACUUUGCACGCGGAUUUCCCAAGGACAUGUUGACCAUGAGGCUCAUGCUACUAGCCGCGACUAUUUGGAAAGAUAUCAUGGUGCCACCCAUGCGAAGCCAAGAGAUGUGCGUGGAUGCAACCAAAAUGAGCCAGGCUUGGAAAGUCCCAGAAUCCCCGUCUGCCGAGACUCUCGAGUGGCAGACCGCCAGAAUUACGGUUCGGGCAGAUCGCUCUUGGCUCGUGAAGGCGAAUGCAAACGGCCCCGAGCAAAGAACAAUUGGACAUGAAGAUGGUGAUAAUUUGGUACAACCAGUUGGAGAUGGAGUUCUCGAGACUCUGAUUGAAGAUCAAUGGUGCAUUGUGGAAGUCCUCCCCCGAGGCAAAACCAUGUACAAGUUCACACCACAAGCCGCAAAGCGCAAGCGGAAGAAGAAUCUGUUGGACCAGAUCAGUCUGCUCUCAGGAGUUCGAAUGGACUUGAUCUGCAAAGGCAGCAACGGUGGGACGCUGGUGAGAGACAGACCCCAGACGAGCCACGCCCCGUCAUCAGAGCAGAGCCCACUGUGA